AUGAAAGUGUUUGUAAAUGGAAAGAUCUGGCAAUGGGCGGACGACAACUCGGUCGUUCAUGAGACAUUCUCAGACUGGAUGACCGUAUCAAAUGACGGACAUUUUGUUUCUAUAGGAUCAGGUGUACCUCAUGAUGCUGAAGAAAUCGAGGAUCUGAAUGGUGCGCUAGUGUUACCAGGAUUGCACGAUGCACACAUUCACGUGUUAAUGAUGGGUGAAAGCGCCGAAUGGCUUGAUCUGUCGGGUUGUCAUUCUUUUAAAGAGUUUGCAGAGCGUCUUAGGAUAUAUGAUAACCAGUAUCCGGAUAAAGCUUGGGUGGUGGGCUAUGGAUGGGCGCAGGACGAUCUCUCGAGUGACGCUAGAUACCCGUCUCGACACGAUAUCGACGCAGUAAUCCAAAAUCGCCCUGUGCUUCUACAUCGAGCAUGUUGGCACAUUGCAGUGGUGAAUACAAAAGCUCUGGAAAUUGCAGGUGUUGAGCUGACUGCGACGAGUUAUGACUGUAAAGAUGGAGCUAUCGAUGCGGAUGAAGAAGGGGUGACUGGCAUCGUGAGAGAACAUGCCGUGCAAAUAGUGGAAAAGCACGCGAUCGAACCGUCCUUGGACCUGCGUGUAAAGUACUACAAGAACGCUCUAAGAAGAUGUGUUAGUUCAGGUUUGACCGCUGUUCACACAAACGAUGAGGAUGCGUGGCAUGUGUAUACCAAACUGCAGAACAAGGAAUGCCUUCCUGUUCGUGUGUAUCUAACGCCGUCAUUUGACGAGCUAGGCAAGCCUACGAUUCCAAAGCCUGGAGAUUGUAAUGGGCUUGUUUCGUGCCAUCGUAUGAAAAUUUUCAGUGACGGCAGCCUUGGAGCGGAAACAGCAGCACUGCGCGUUCCGUACAAAGGCACAUGCAACAAAGGGAUUCUUAUGAACUCGGAUGAGGAUCUUGUUAAGAAGAUAAGUGACGCAAAUAAUGCUGGGUAUCGUGUCGAGAUUCACGCAAUCGGUGAUCGAGCGGCAGAACAAGUGCUGAAAGCUCUCAGGAAUGCUGAUGUUGGGCCGCAGAGACGUCCUAUUCUCACGCACUGUCAGAUUCUUGGUGAAGACCUGAUUCUUCAGAUGCACGAACAGGGUGUGAUCGGCAACAUUCAACCGUCAUUCGCGGUGACUGACGCAGUGUACGUGCGUAAGCGCUUGCAAGACGAUGUUAUCCCGUUUUCAUAUUGUUGGAAGCGCAUGUUGGACGGCGCUGUUAUGUGUGCUGGAGGCAGCGAUGCGCCCAUCGAGACGUGCAACCCGUUUCAAGGCUUGUAUGACGCCAUGUACCGCCACAAGCCCGACCGACCCGAGGAGGUGUUUUUGCCAAAAGAGCGACUUCUGUUUCACGAAGCUCUUGCGCUGUACACGAAAGGUGGAGCAUUUGCAGCAAUGGAAGAAAACAGAUUGGGUCAUAUUGCUUCAGGCUUUUAUGCAGAUUUCGUGGUGCUUCGCAAGGACGUGACUCAAGAUCAUCGUGCACUACUGACACCUAAUCUCGUGGAUAGUGUCUGGGUAAAUGGUAAAAAGACAUAUCAGUAUGAUCCCGCUGCAUUCAAAAAGUCGCAACAUGAUUUGAGCAAGAGUUCGUUGCCAGGAAAGAACGGUCCAAAGCGUGUUUGCCAAUGUUGUCGGCGUUGA